UUUGGGAACGCGCGGUAUUCUGGGAGCGCGGGGUCCGCCAUUCGCUUGCUUAAAGCCUUCGCGGUCACAGCAUUCGCCGCCGUACCGAGGAAGAGGAGGCCGGAGCCGAAUUCUCUUCCUGCCAAGAUGUCUAUUGGUGUGCCGAUUAAAGUCCUGCACGAGGCUGAGGGCCACAUUGUGACAUGUGAGACAAACACCGGCGAGGUAUAUCGAGGGAAGCUCAUUGAAGCGGAGGACAACAUGAACUGCCAGAUGUCCAACAUCACAGUCACGUACAGAGAUGGCCGAGUGGCACAGCUGGAACAGGUGUACAUACGUGGCAGCAAGAUCCGCUUUCUGAUUUUGCCUGACAUGUUGAAAAAUGCACCCAUGUUAAAGAGCAUGAAAAAUAAAAACCAAGGCUCAGGGGCCGGCCGGGGGAAAGCUGCUAUUCUGAAGGCUCAAGUGGCUGCAAGAGGAAGAGGACGUGGAAUGGGACGUGGAAACAUCUUCCAGAAGCGAAGAUAAUUUUCUCUGUUGAACAGAACUUUGCCCUUUUUUCUUUUAGUUAUUUGGGUUCGUGGGGGUGAGUGCUUGUGUAUGUGUCCUAGAUUUUCUUUUGACGUCUUUCUCAUUAGAUCAGGGGAGAUGUUAAACUAAAUAAAUCUCUGGUUGUUUGGGUUUUUUU